GCACUCCCUUCCAUUCAAGAGCCUUUGAUCAGCGAAACAGUGUAUGCUACACACAUCAAAGAAAUUCAAAAAGUGUUUACAGGCACUCGUAAGACAGACAUGACACCCACAGUGAUGGCCCACUUGGACAACCUAAUGCAGGAGACAUUCCCACGUAGAAGGAAGCUAAUACUGGCCCCAGACAACAUGGACACAUCAGAACUAGUAGAAAAGCUUUGGAAAGAUUUCCCAUGCCUUCAAAAUGACACAUGCCUAAUGCAGGAGAUCAGACGUUGUGACAUACACCUUGACACAUACUACAAUGACAACUACUUGGGUGUGCUGGAGAACCUUGGUAAACUGUAUGAUAUUCCACACGAUACCGACUUUGACCAUGUUCAAGUCCUUAAGGAGACGGAAGUGCGCCUGAAUAAACGCAUCAAAAAAACAGUGGUCAUCAAGGUCUUGAAGCUCAACUCGGACUCCAUGGACUCGAAAGUAAAUGGCCAGACAUCACCUAGCCUCGUCAUUACAACUGAUGAUAACCUUGUUACAUCUUCUCAUGUCGUGGGUUUUGGGCGGACCCUUGUUGAGAUGCAGGGGGAAGGUGCGUUGAAGAGGGGACUGCGGUCGCUUAUGGCAACCUACUACAUCCUUGAUUUCGAGUAUCCUCCAGGAUACUCGAUGAUGCUGAAAUUCAUACAGCACUACCUGAUGGGCAGGAUAGUGAAGGACAUCCCCAAGUCGAUCAAAACAUUGUGCUCCAAGGCUGGAGUGGCUAACAGUGUGGAUUAAGCGGUUGGGUGAGACAAAGCUAUGCUUGGUGGUUAAGUAGAAGUAAGGUUUGGGGUAGUGCCAUGUGAACAUUUCUUGAGUGUGUGUCACUCAAAGUUUCGACCAGGAGCAAUUUCGGACAAGAACAUUUGUUAAACUAACUUUCCCGAAUGCUGCAUGAACAAAUUAAUGACAAAAAAAAAUAUUUUUCAUAAUUUUGCCGUGGAUUUUUGGUGCAUAUAUAUUCUUGACACAUCGACAGUAAGGGAGUUGAAUCUGUUUGAUACGUUGAUGUGCUUUGCUAAUAUUUUCACUUGGUGCUACCCCAAACCUUGCUUCAAAAAGUCUCCCGAUGUAUAGCUGUUUAUAGGCUGUACUCUUUCUGUACAAUUAUCUUAAUUGCCAAUACUUUAUGUUCACCGAACUUUGAAACUGAGGAUUAUGCAAUAGGUAUUUUAAUUUAACCCUCCUUUGUAAACAGUACAAUUUGUUAAGAAGUUGUU